CAAUGUUUAGUAGAUUUCUAAAUCCACAUCCUCUAAUAUAUGGUUCUAUUAAAGGAUCAUGGGGUACAUAUUCAUGUACACGACAUCUAAACCGCUUCGGAUCCUAAUAACAAAAAAAAUAAGAAAAUACAAUUAGAAGAAGAAAUACAUACUCAAGAAAGAUGUAUUAGAUGUAAUCCAGAAAUAGAAACUAAAAAGAGAGAGAUUACAAAGGUAUAACACAAAGAAGAUAUGUAUUAGAGGUAAUCCAGAAAUAGUAAAUAAAAGAGAGAGAGAUAACAUACAAAUGCCGAGAUAUUCUCGAUUGUGCCUCUGUGUUCAUCGCCCAUAGUUAACAAAGACAUGAUUCGAUUUUGCAAAGCUUGAGUUUGUUAGAUGAAAGAAAUCUGGUAGAAGAAAAGAGUGUGAUGAAGUUGAUAUGAGAGACAGAGGAAAGAGUGAAAAGAAUACUCAAUAGUCAGGGAAUCAAAGAAUCUGAGUUCUGUGCCCUAAUGUGCCCUAAGAUUCCAAUCCUAGGCGCCCAUUCCCUAGGCGCUAUAAAGUAACUGAGGCGCCAAAGGGUUGGGCGCCUCUUCACAAAUCAAAACAUAGGUGCCACUAGGAAGGGCGCCCCUUCCAAUUGCCCUACACUUAGGCGCCAAGAGGAAGGGCGCCUCUUCCUUGCAUGUGAAAAAUCACAUGUAGGCGCCAAAGUUAAGGGCUCCUCUUCCCCUUGCAUGUGAUUUCUUCACAUGCGCCUAGUAGAUUCCUCACAUGACCUUCCAUGCUGAAUUUUGUCAUUCACUUUUGUCAUUCACUUGUCUCCUCUUGCCUUUGUAUGCAACCAAUCACACUCUUUUUGGUUUCUAAACCUACUCACUCAUUCAUCUAUAAAUAGUCUCUCAUAUCAACAAUAUCAAAUCAUCUUCAUCACACUCUUUUCUUCUACCACAUUUCUUUCAUCUAACAAACUCAAGCUUUGCAAAAUCGAAUCAUGUCUUUGUUAACUAUGGGCGAUGAACACAAAGGCACAAUCGAGAAUAUCUCGACAUUUGUAUGUUAUCUCUCUCUUUUAGUUACUAUUUCUAGAUUACCUCUAAUACAUAUCUUCUUUGUGUUAUACCUUUUUAAUCUCUCUCUUUUUAGUUUCUAUUUCUGGAUUACAUCUAAUACUUUCUUGAGUAUGUAUUUCUUCUUCUAAUUGUAUUUUCUUAUUUUUUUGUUAUUAGGAUCCGAAGCGGUUUAGAUGUCGUGUACAUGAAUAUGUACCCCAUGAUCCUUUAAUAGAAUCAUAUAUUAGAGGAUGUGGAUUUGGAAAUCUACUAAACAUUGUUUCGUACUCGGUGGACUACAAGUUCAUUCUGGCUUUGUUGGAGAGGUGGAGACCCGAGACCCACACAUUUCACCUUCCGAUUGGUGAGUGUACCGUCACACUUGAGGACGUGUACAUGUUGUUGGGUCUUCGUAUAGAUGGAAAGGUAGUGAAUGAGAAAGUUAACCAAGACAACAAUAUAUGCAAUGAAUUACUGGGUGCCCCUUUGUUAGACGACGAAACUGAGGGAGACACAUCCGAUCAAGCAAGGGGGCAAGGUAUAAAUUUAAAAUACCUUAAACAAUAUUAUGCCAGUAUAGUACUGUCUGAAGAUUCAACCGAGUAUGAGAAAAUAAUAAAAGCUCGGUGUUAUAUUAUGAUUUUAUUUGGUAACUUUUUGUUUCCAGAAAGUACAGGUAAUUCAGUGAAUAUAAUGUAUUUAGCUUUAUUACGCAACAUCAAUAAGGUAAACAGUUAUAGUUGGGGUUCAACUGUGUUGGCCCAUCUAUAUAGUGCAAUGUGUAGAACUGCAAAAAAGAAUACCUGUACUUUUUUUUCAUGUGCUUAUUUGCUUCAAGCUUGGGUGUGGUCUAGGAUGCCGUCGCUCGCCCCGAUAAAUGAGCGUCCAUUCGUGUUCCCCUUUGCAACCAAGUGGUCAGUAAGGAGAAUGAACUAUAAUAGGUGUCCGAAACACGCUAUUGUAGUCUAUCGAAAUCUAUUGGACCACAUUCGACAUGAUGAUUUUGUUUGGAGGCCAUAUCUGGGCCUGAAUCAUGAUGUGAACCAUGACGAUGCUGCAGUUUAGACAGCGAAGACACCGAUUAUCCGAUUCACUACAGUUGAAAUGCACCAAAGUGAUCGGGUCAAACUGCAGUUUGGAAUGCUACAACAUAUUCCAGAAUCUCCCACGUGUUUGGGGAAUUGGCAUCAAAAGAGGGUCGAUGCACAAUGGGAUUAUUCUGACUGGAGAGACUUUGCAAAAGACAUGUGUCGUCAAUGGAGGAAUCGACGACAACACAUCUUGAACGAACCAGUCAUCCAAGGUGCAAGACCGACUCAACAAUAUAUGGCAUGGUUUAGGUCUGUAACAACUCAGCAAUUUGUAUCUAAGCCGCGGUAUUUGAUGGAUCCACGCCAACUUGUUUCGUCAUCGUAUGCCCCACCUCAAUUCACCAAUGUGAACCCAUCCAAACUCAACAACCAAUCACACAACAUCAACCGGCCACUUACACACAACAAAAGCACAUCCAACAUCGCAACCCGUUCAUGCCAACCACCCAACAACGAACCAUCCAACGUCACAAUCCAUUCAUACCACCCACCCAAACACAACACCAAGAACCAAACCCCGCAACCACAACCGUUUAUAGCCCAGAUGAUUCAUAUGGGUCACGUCAUCGUAGCCCCCCACCAAUUAACACCCAACCACUGUUUAACUAUAGUACGCCCCAAGAACCAUUGCUUCGUUUUCAAAACGACUCAAUGGCUCAGUUUGGGCAACUAUAUCGUCCCCAAUUCACCCAACCCCAGCGCCCUAACUACGAUGACAUGGGCACCGAUCUCCAUUACGGAAGCGCCGUUGGCCAGAGCCCCUCCGGAUAUUGGGAGCAAAUGAUGACACAUCUGUCAAAUAUCGCCGGAACUUCUGCCGGACCUUCCAACCAGCCAUCGCUCGAUCAGGUCAGCACCCAAAGACCACAAACACCUCAAGAAAAUCGUGGGAGACCUCGGAGACAAUCUAACGCACCGGAAUGUGGAACCGGGGGACGUUAUAAUCGGGCGAGUCAUUAGGUUUUUGGUCUUUCUAAUGUAAUCAAUUAUUAUAUAUUUAAUGAAGUUGUUUUAUUUUUAUUUUUA